AGUUCAAUAUAUUAGUAUUUUAUAUUCAAUGUAAUUUUUCCAAUCUCUGUUUUUCAUUUUUUGAGUUUUCCGAUCGUUUUCUCUGCAAAUGGAUGUUGUUAAAAGGAACAUUUUAUAUCGAAAAAAUCCGAACUUUGGUUUCUAUUUUUUUGCGAUUUGUUUAAGGAGAGGCGGAUCCAGGAUUUCACGAGAAUGAAUGCACUAGGUGGAUCAAUGAUUUAAAUUUGACGGAUUAACUCUUAGGUUCAAAUUUUUUACAAAAAAUUGUGACUUUUCACAUAUAUAUCUAAUUAAGAAACUGUUGGUAUGAUUAGUUGAAUCAUUGACUAUAUGUUACAUCCUCUGGUACUACUAGAUUUAAUAUAAAGAUUUGGUUCAGUUAUGUAAAAUUGUAAGAUUUAAAAAAGGGGAAAUAGAGAUUUCAAUGUGUCUCUGAAACAAUAAACCAAGACCCAACCUGUGGGAUUUUGACACGAGGGCCUUUCGAAAAUAGCCUAUCUACUCCUUCGGGUAGGGGUUAGGUCUAUGUACGCUCUAACCUUUCCAGACCCACUGUCGUUUCAUGAUGUCACACACCAACAAUGUGAAAAAUAAACUUGUAACAUAAUUAAGAAAAAAUAGGAUACAUAGUAGAAUUAUUAUAUAAAAAAGUAGGGUAAAUGAUAAAAUGUGAUUAUUUUAUAAUAAGGAAGGGCAAGAUGAGAGAAAAAAGCAAGGAGACAACGUCACCGCACCAAAUUCGCUAUUCCAUAAAGUGACAUUUUUCGUCGUUGAGAAACGAUUGAUUUAACGAUACGAUACAAUAAAAUUUACUGUGAGUAACAAUCAACACAAACAUUGUAUUUAAAGUAACAGUAUGAUACAAAUACAAUAUGUAAUGCCAUCCAAACAAGCUGCUAGGGCAUCUAGUUGUUUAGUGCCUUUGAAAUUAAUUUCAGAUCAUAAAUCCCUGACUGGCUUGUGAAUUUCUUAUCAUCUAUAUGAUCAUUGGAGUUAUGUGUGCAAAAUUUCUUGUUAACAGUUUCUUCAACAUAUUUUCUCCUGUUAUUCGUUUCUACUGACUCUUACAUAUCUUUGUUGUUUGAUGGCAAAAUAUAUAAAUCAGUAAAUAAAAUCUGGUAUUAGACUUAUAUCUAUCUGCAGCCGGAUGGAUGAUUCCUCUCAAGUUCUCCCUCUCUCUGCCUCUCCUGCAACCCGUGGCAUGUUCCUCCUCACGUGCAUGGUUUCCUAUUAGAAGUUGAAGGCCGUGAUUUCAUCUUUUAUGGAGUUUAAAUGGUUGGCGCCAGGGCUAUUUGGUCGUUCAGACGGUGGUAAGCCUCUCGUAGAAGGUUAUGACUAUUUGUGGUAUUUGUUUACUACCAUUUCCUUCGAGUGCUUGGUCGCUGCCUUCCUGCUGUUAGGGGGUACUGAUCAUCUGUUAAUUUUUGCCUUCGGGAUAUUUCCGGGUUGUGGCUUUAUACUUCAUAACAAUGUGCUGCACUCUGUUGUUUAUUGGCAUCGCGACAUGCCUUUCCGGUUAAUUGGUGCCAAGGCUAAAUUUAUGAUCGAGGUCAUUCCUCUGGUAACUGCUGCAGCCUUGCAUCACCUUUUGGAGUUCAAUUAUGGGUAUCUCGCUCUAUUAGUAGGCUGCACCGGAUAUUUCUAUGCCUUUGCGCACUUCUUGCGCGUAGCAUAUGAUAUUAAGGGAAUAGAUGUAAUGUUGGGAUUAGUAAUGCAGGUUCUUGCUUACAUGUUGAACGUAGAAUUAUUAGUUAGAGCCUUAGUUUUGAGCUUCUGCUUUGGUAUAUGUUUCUAUAGAUACGUGACAUAUUGUGCUCCUGAACUUCCUGCCCAUGAUAAAAAGGAGUUGGAGCAGCUGCCUUGCUGAUUUGAAUUAUCUUUAGUACUAUAAGUUAUGAGUUAUUUUCUCUC